AACACAGUCAGCUCCUCUCUGUCCACAUGUUUCCUGUUCCCUCCCCUUCAGAUCUACAGUUUGAAGAUGGGUGGAACCAACAUGGUGGUGAAGUGCAGGAGCUGACAGGCCUCAUUCACUGCAGAGACACAUGUUGUUUAGAUCAGAGCUCAGACUGGUUUCACUUUUGAUGAAGUGAAGGUCAGACAGUUGUUGUCACUGAGAGGUGAAAUGGCGCAAAAAGGAGUUCAGCUGGACCACGAAACCUUCUGUUGCUCGAUCUGUCUGGAUCUACUGAAGGAUCCGGUGACAAUUCCCUGUGGACACAACUACUGCAUGAACUGUAUUAAAACCCACUGGGAUGAAGAGGAUAAGAGGAGAAUCCACAGCUGCCCUCAGUGUAGGCAGACCUUCACACCGAGGCCUGUCCUGAUGAAAAACACCAUGUUAGCAGAUUUAGUGGAGGAGCUGAAGAAGACUGGACUCCAAGCUGCUCCUGCUGAUUCCUGCUAUGCUGGACCUGAAGAUGUGGCCUGUGAUGUCUGCACUGGGAGAAAACUGAAAGCCCUCAAGUCCUGUCUGGUCUGUCUGGUCUCUUACUGUGAGAAACACCUCCAGCCUCACUAUGAUGUGGCUCAGUUUAAGAAACACAAGCUGGUGGAGCCCACUGAGAAGCUCCAGGAGAACAUGUGCUCUCGUCAUAAUGAGGUGAUGAAGAUGUUCUGCCGUACUGAUCAGCAGUGUAUCUGUUAUCUCUGCCCUGUGGAUGAACAUAAAGGCCACGACACAGUGUCAGCUGCAGCAGAAAGGACUGAGAGGCAGAGAGAAGUCGAGGUGAGUCUACAAAACAUCCAGCAGAGAAUCCAGGACAGACAGAAAGACCUGAAGGUGCUUCAACAGGAGGUGGAGGCCAUCAUUCACUCUGCUGAUAAAGCAGUGGAGGACAGUGAGAAGAUCUUCACUCAGCUGAUCCGUCUCAUGGAGAAAAGAAGCUCUGAUGUGAAGCAGCAGGUCAGAUCCCAGCAGCAAACUGAAGUGAGUCGAGUCUUGGAGCUUCAGGAGAAGCUGGAGCAGGAGAUCACUGAGCUGAAGAGGAAAGACGCUGAGCUGAAGAAGCUCUCACACACAGAGGAUCACACCCAGUUUCUACACAACUACCCCUCACUGUCAGCACUCAGUGAGUCCACACACUCAUCCAGCAUCAACAUCCGUCCUCUGAGAUACUUUGAGGAUGUGAGGGCUGCUGUGUCAGAGCUCAGAGACAAACUACAGGACGUCCUGAGGGACACAUGGACAAACAUCUCAGAGGCUGAAGUGGAUGUUUUACUGUCAGGACCAGAGCACAAGACCAGAGCUGACUUCUUAAAAUCAUGUGAAAUCACACUGGAUCCAAACACAGCACACACACAGCUGUUAUUAUCUGAGGGGAACAGAAAGGUGACAAGAAUGGAGGAACAUCAGUCUCAUCCUGAUCACCCAGACAGAUUCACUUUUUGGCCUCAGGUCCUGAGCAGAGAGAGUCUGACUGGACGUUGUUACUGGGAGGUGGAGUGGAGAGGGAGAGCAGUUUGUGUAGCAGUCGCAUACAAGAAUAUCAGCAGAUCAGGGAGGGGACAUGAAUGUAGAUUUGGGUUCAGUAACAAAUCUUGGUCAUUUUAUUGUCACAAAAAGAGUUAUAGUUUUUGGUACAACAAUGUCCAAACUGCUGUCUCAGGUCCUCCGUCCUCCAGAGUAGGAGUGUACCUGGAUCACAGUGCAGGUAUUCUGUGCUUCUACAGCAUCUCUGAAACCACGACUCUCCUCCACAGAGUCCAGACCACAUUCACUCAGCCUCUCUAUGCUGGACUUAGACUUUAUUAUUGUGGAGACACUGCUGAGUUCUGUAAACUGAAAUCAAUCAAUCAAAAUGAAGUCCUUUAAUGGGCUGUGGGUUCAAUUCAGAUCAAAGGGGUCAUAAAAGUCAUCAUGAUGAUAAUCAAUAAGGAGAUCAGUGAUUGUUUUCUUUCACGUAGCUGAGAUUCUGCUUAAACAAACUGAUUGUGUGGUUGAAAUGAAUCUGUACAUGAAAUCACUGAACGAGUCAUUUAACAGCCUUCACUGUUGGGACGUGUGAACAAAUCGAACGUUUCUAUCAUGAUUAAACACACAUGAACAAAG